AUGGGAACUGAUGAGGUGUACGUGUCUAAAAUACCUUGGUUGCCUCAUAUGCAUUUUUUGAAAAUCAUUGAUAGUUACACCAGAGAAAAUACAGAGAAUUUGACACCAAACAUUGCACCCAACACUCAAGACGCUUCAGUUUCUGAAUCCAACGAUGAAGAGUUCACUGUACCACGUAUAAAUUCAAGAAAUAAAAGGAAAUUAAAAGAUCCGCUCCUUAGAGCAGUUGAUGCAUUAGAAAAAGUUUCAACGCAGCAGUUUUCAAAUAAAAUAGAUGAUGACGAAUUUGACCUUUUCGGACGCACUAUAGCUCAGGAGUUAUGGCAGCUUCCAUUAGAAGCUGCCCUAGAGACCGAAGAAGUAAUAUUGGCUACUAUAAGACAGCAACGUGUAAAGCUAUUAAAACAGACAUCGUUAUCACAAAGAGGUACAUUAUCAUCAAUGUUAGAGUGUAUGGAGUCUAACAGAACUACUACCAUUACUAUACCAGAGAAUCAGCAAGUCGCACAAUCCUCAUCAGAAUCGGAGUCAAUUGCUGCUACUAGUGCUGCUACGAAUAACGAUGCAGAAGACGAGUAUUACACAUACAAUGAGGACAUACUUUCGCAAGCUGUUGCAAGCAUAUCAGGUUCUCAUUUGGAUAGAGAAUUAAAUUUUGAUAAUUAUAAAUAUGCAUAUCAUAAUGCCUAG